UCUUUCCUGCUAAAAUCCCCCCCCACGCUGAAUCUUUAUGCGCUCUCAAUCCUUCUCGCUUCUCUGGCUUCUCCUCUCUCCACACCAUUACACAGCUGAACAAAUAACAAAUUAAGAACUCAAAAAAACAAAAAAAAAAAAAGAAAAAAAACAAACCGGCAAUCUGGAUUCCUUCCAGUCGGCUCGUUGGUCGCGUUUCGUGGGUGUUUUCGACGACGACGACGGUGACGACGAAGACGGUCAAAGCAGUGACUGAGUGGCAAGGUGUCAGUCGCGCGCUCGACUGUGAUCAUUACUUGUUUUCAACCGAUUCAACCAGACCACCCACGACUCUCUCGAGGCUUUAUUCUGUCCGGUUCAUGGAAACCAUGAUGAUGAUGGACACUGACAAGAACUCUGCAGCGCCCUCGGCUGACCGCAGUGGGGCUGAUCACGAUUCCGGUGCGGUCGCGGUAGACCACCACCAUCUGCCGUCCAAGACGACCAUCGCUACUAAUCCUAAUGCGAACGGUGACGAUCAGUCUGCGCCCACUAUCCAGAAACUGAAUCCCAAGGAUCCUUCACGCCCGCGGAGGAAGAAGGCUCGUCGCGCCUGCUUUGCCUGUCAGCGGGCGCAUCUGACUUGUGGUGACGAGAGACCCUGCCAACGGUGCAUCAAGCGCGGCUUGCAAGAUGCCUGCCAUGACGGAGUCCGCAAGAAGGCCAAGUAUCUGCACGAUGCCCCCGACGGCGCCCUGAUGCCUGGAGUGGCCGGAAGUACCUUUUACAACAACAACAACAACAACAAUAACCCCGCCAAUAACCCCCCUCCACACGGCCUCCCCCUGUCGAGAAACAGCGCCAGUGCAGUGAAUGCGACCACCAAUCCGCAGAACUCGGGCGCCAAUUUCUAUCCCACCCCGCAGUCGAGCACCUAUAACAUGUAUCCGGAAAACCCGAUCAAUCACCAGAACUCGUUUGCCUCGCAAUCCCCCGUUUCCCCAACCUUUAGCUUGAAAACCAACCCGACCGCGCGUAAUACCACUGCUAUGAAUAAUAACAACAACAAUAAUAAUAAUAAUGCUGUUGCUGCGGCGGCGGCGGCAGCGGCAGCAGCAGCAGCAGCAGCCGCCGCCGCCGCGGGGAUGACCCCCUCUGUCCCCCUGCCGUCCCCGGCGGUCUCUGGCGCUCCGAAUCAGAAUCAGAACCCGUUUGCGGGUCCGUUUUUCGAUCCCAGCGAUCCCGCGCUCUUCAAUUUUGAUCUGUCGAGCAUGAACUUCGAGAAUCGAUACGGUGCGUUGGAAUUCGGCAUGCUGGGACACAUGGCCACAGGCGCGGGCGACUCCCCCACCGAUUCGGCGACCCAGCGCGGAUCGAUGGGACGGAGCGGUUCCGCCCAGUUCGCCUCCACCCCCAUCACGGGGGCCGCCGCCUUUGGCGAAAGCCCCGGAAGCCAGCAGCCCUUCAUGUUUGGCGAUCCUCUUUUGAACGAGUGGCCCAGCGGACAGACGUCGGGCCCGUCGCAUGUGAACGUCCCGGCGGUGUAUCCGCAGUCGAGCCAGGGUAACGUGAUCCCGGGGCAUCUGUCGAAGCCGGAUGCGCCCCAUGCCUUUGCCAUUGAAAGCGGGCCCUCGGCCAAUUUCGCCAGCCCGGGCGCCGCCGCCUCCAGCCCCCAGAUGAACCCGGGGUUUGACGACCCGGCGGCCUUUAGCACUGUUGUUGCCAGCAAGUCGAAUGGCCACCGGCCCGCGAUCUCGACGCCGAGUCUGAAGCACCGGACUCUCCACGUGCACAAACGACGGCCGCGCAAUCCGUCCGCGGUCUACGAGAGCGUGAACGAGCCUUAUGCCUACACAAGUCGCUUUCACAACCUGACCGCGUUCAUCCAGAGGCGGUUUUCCCCGCAGAAGCGGCUGCGGAUUGCGAAAGCGCUGGCGUCGAUCCGGCCGUCGUUCAUUGCGACGACCAAAACGCUGAAUCGCGAUGAUCUGAUAUUCAUGGAGAAGUGCUUCCAACGGACGCUCUGGGAGUACGAAGAUUUUAUUAAUGCGUGCGGCACCCCGACGAUCGUGUGCCGUCGCACGGGCGAAAUCGCCGCCGUGGGCAAGGAGUUUAGCAUCUUGACCGGGUGGAAGAAAGAAGUCCUGCUGGGCAAGGAGCCGAAUCUCAAUGUCAACACGGGCAGCGCCUCGGGAUCGGGGACCAGCUCGCGCAGCUACACGCCGCGGGGGGGGCCCGUGGAGAGCACCGUGGGGCGACCGCAACCGGUGUUCCUGGCCGAGUUGCUGGAUGACGACAGCGUGGUCGAUUUCUACGAAGACUUUGCGCGGCUGGCGUUUGGCGAUUCUCGCGGCAGCGUCAUGACGACCUGCCAACUGCUCAAGUACAAGACGCAAGAAGACAUGGACGCACAGCCGGACGACAGCCAACGAUGGAACAGCCACCUGCGCAAGGGGGGGAUCGCGAACGAAGCGGGGAUGAACCAGCUGGGGUUUAAGGACGGCAAAGUCGAAUGCGCGUACUGCUGGACAGUGAAACGAGACGUAUUCGACAUUCCCAUGUUGAUCGUGAUGAAUUUCUUACCAUGCAUUUGAUUUGAAUUCCUUUUUCUGUUGUAUUAUGAAUGCUACGAGUACCGGAGAUAACCCGGAUCAAAAGGUAUAGAUAGAUACUGUAACAUAGCGUUUGGACUAUCAAGCUACCUGGAGUAAUCAACAUAAUAAUAUUAUUGUCUGAUAAUGUCGGUUGUGUUGUGUUGUUGUGUUGGGAGUAGAUCAAAUCCCCGCCUCUUA